UUUAACACACACACACACACACACAUACAACCAGGGGCACUCGGCAAGCGGGGCAAACAAUCAUGUAUUUCAAUAGAAAUCGUGGCCGCUGAAAAACGUGCUUUUGAUUUAUUGACGUGGUGCUUCGGGGGAAAGUGACAGGCGCUCAGUUUCAGUCUCGUUUAUUUAUUCAUCUCCAUUUUUGAUGUUGGAGAGAAAUGAGUGCCGAGGCCGGGCCUACUGGUGCAAAUGCUGCUGGGAUUUUGCAGAUCCGCUUUCACAAAUUGACCAAAAGUAACGCUACAUGCUCGAAUUUGAAGGGCUUUCCAGUGAUUUUCUCGUCACCGAGUCGUAAAUGGAUGGAGCCAUGACAACAUGAAUCAGUCCUACAAAGUGGCUGGCAGGGAUGGCUCGGAGUGUCGUGGCAAUCCACAGGAGUCCAAGGCACUUGAUAGCCGCAUUAGCUCCUGUGGACACCAGAGCACGAAGCGACAGGGAGACCAUGGGUCUGCCAUGCAUUUCUUGAACUCUGGCUACAAGCUCUCCGCAUCACCGUUCGCGUACAAUCAGAGAGAAUCCACCUCCAACUACAGCCCGCUGAGGAGACUUCAGGACCUGACCACUAUGGUGAACCAUGCGGACAUGAGUUUGCAGGACAAGGAUUUUCACGGGCGAAAUAAAUUGCUCAUGCACAAUCCCAUCGGUGGCAGUGAGUUCGGAAUAGGCCUUUAUCACGCGUCCAAUUCGCAGGGAAACACUGACAGGACUACUAUUCAGGAUCUGGACAAAAAUGGUUUCUCACCUGUAAGCUCAGAUAGCUUGGAACACUUUCCAUCCAUCCCAAAUGGAUUUUUGCAUUUUGAGUCAACACUGUUUGACAGUGGGGACAGCAAGGAUAAUGACGAGGAUGUGGAUGGUGGGGGAGAAGCAGUGGCAAAGUUUAAAGACGCGCUGCCGACAAAGAAAUGCCAGAAACGAAAUCUGGCAAACACAAAGUCUCAAAGCAGCCACAGGCUGGACUUAAGUACAAACAAACAUGGAAGUUGUAACCUUGUUGCUAAAAAUACAGUGAAGUCUGACCCUCCUGCUAGUCCUUCGCAUUUGCCUGUUGAGGUCAUGAUGGAGGAUUUUGAUAGUAUGGAUGAUUAUUCAGACAGUGACUGUGAUCUACCCAGAACUGGGAACAGCACUUCAAUAUUUAACUCUGGUCUCUCUAAAAGAGCAAUUUCUCCCAGUGACUCCCAUUCAAAUCCUUCCAACAGCCCAAAGAAGAAGCAGAUCCCAGGUGUAAAGUACUCUGAUGGAGAUGUUGUGUGGGCCAAAUUCAACCGCAGACCCUGGUGGCCCUGUCAUGUAACCACUGACCCACAGAUUGAAGUCCACACCAAAAUGAAAGAUCCCAGUCGGCGGCCAUGCCGCCUCUAUUUUGUCAGGAUGUUUGGGGAGAUCAUAGAUCAAGCUUGGGUUCCAGCAAAAGCCACUUUUCCUUUUGAAGGAGGCUAUCAGUUUGAAAAACUCCCGGUUCUGAGACGGAGAGGAAGACAGAAGGACAAAGAUUACAAAUACACGGUUCCCAAGCGUCUAAUGCCAUCAUGGAAAAUUAGUGUCUUGGAGGCAGAGGCAGCGCUGACCAAAUGGUUAAAUAGUGAACCUCCAUUGUCUUUAAUUCGUGAUGUGCACAUGCCUUGUAUAGAAGAAAAGGCACCGAAAAGUCCCACUUGUCCAACGUCUGAUAGACAGUCCCCAUCAUCAAGCUCACUUCUGUCCAAUGGACUUGAUGCAUCCGUUCAGAACAGAGGAAAACCUGUCACUGGAAGCAAAAAGAAAAAAGCAACUAAAAAGAAUAGCUCAACUGUAAAAUCUCCUGUGAAACUAAAUGAGUGCUCUUUAUCAUCUAAAUCAAAAUCGAACCCAUCAUCGGACAGCUACAAAGCUCCCACAGCUGCUGAAUGGCACAAAUCAGACCCCCUAGACAGUCCAUAUUCAGAUAUUGACUCUGUCCCGAGGAUUCUGUGCCCCAAACGCUCAGAGGAAUUACUGCAAGUAGAGGUGGCAAAAGAAUCAAGCACUAAACCUAAAAAAGUACAGCCGAGUAAAAAGACGAAAAAAGCCGUUGCGAACAAGCUGGUGAAGAAAACAGAGCCUAGUAUAAAAUGCACACCAAACAGUAAGCUAAAGUCGUCAACGCCCAAAGAAAAAACACUUAGGGCUACGAACUCCAAACAGAAGGAAAGCAGUUCCCCAGGGUCGUCAGAUGGGUCAUUCGCCAUGCACUCCUUCUAUUUGCCUGCCAGCAGUGGCUUAAUGUCAAGAGCACUUGCCGCCAGCGAAGAACCCGAGGAGAAAGACUUAAGUCAGGAGCCAAAGUCUCGCUCACCAUGUGCCGGCGAUGAAUGCUCAGAGAUUUACAACAAGUGCUCGUCCCCCAUUGACCGUUCUGAGUUGUUGAAACAACAAUGGGAGGUAAAAACGGAGGCCAGUGAAGAGUCCUCAGAUGCCUCCAUCUCCCACACACCCCCAAACCCAACUCUUAUUAAGUUUACCAGAAUCCGAAGUGAGAAAAAUGGCGUUCAUAAUGGACCUCAACAUAAAGGAUCCAAGUCAGAGGUGACUGAAUCCUCCCUCGAUUCCGGUAAAAUCAAAAACGAGAGCAUGUUCUCGGACACAUCGUCUUCGUCCAUCCCGUCUCCCUCUGUCUCUCCCAUGGAUGCUCUCCAGGAUAUGAAGGAGCUUUCUUUCAGGUCUCUUGUCAAAGAGGAAUGCAGUUCAGGAGAACCUUCGCUCUGUGCGGAUUCAAACUACAAAUUCAGCACUUUCCUAAUGCUCCUGAAGGACAUGCACGAUAGCCGGGAGAAGGAAGGGAAACCUUUAACUCUCCCUCCCACAUCUCCAUCCUCUCUCAUCAGGGAAGAACCUUCUCUCAUCCCACCUGGAGAAGACGCAACGAAUGAGGUGCUUUGUGAAAAGGACUGGAAGCCGGUUGCGGAUCAGAACAAUGAGGAGGGAAAGACGUCGACGCCAAACUGCUCAAAACAGAGCAAGGCCAAGCCAAAAUCAGUGGCGAAAAAAGAGACGCCAAAACACGAUGAUGGGAACAGUUUAGGAUCUCCACUAAAGAAGCAGAACUCAUCAAUAGGUUUGGAUACACUUGAAAAGGGGUUGCCUAUGUUAGGGGAACUUUCCAACUCUCACAAUGAUGCUGUUCCUGAUGUCUGUGGCAAGGGCACCAUCUCCAAGGUUGCUCCUAAAAAGCGAUGGCAGACAUUUCAGUCCGCCAUUGGGAAAAGCACCAAGCCAAAAAACGAUUUGGUGGGUUUGAAUCAAGAUGUAGCGAAGGUGUCCACAGAGAUAAAUGGAGUCUUCAAAGACAGUCUUCAAGAAACUCCUCAUUCCGAUUGCCCUGAUAAAAAAGAUGCUUCAGAAAACAAAAGACUGAGAAAACCAAGCAAGAGGCUGAUUGAAUGGAGUGAGGAAUAUGAUCAAAUAUUUUACCCAAAGAAGAAAACAAAGAAAACACCUGAAUCCUGUAAAACGGGAUCUUGGAUCACCAACACUAAUACUGCACAGCCUGCAUCAGAACAGAUCGAACCUGAAAAACCCUCUGAGCAAUCCACACCAGAUGAGCAGAAACAACUACCAGAUGUUCUCGCUUCACCUUCACCGUUAUCGGCAUCCUGUGAAGGCACAACGUUAAGCAGAGAGUCGUGUGAGAAGAAACCUGCAGCAUCCUCAGAUAGAAAGAGGCCACGUAAGCCUGUGCAUAAAAUACUAGACUGCAGCCUUGAGGGGGAUUUUGUAAAGCUCCCAAAGAAAAGGGAGAGUAAACAACACGAUAACAGACAAGACGACUCAGGUGUCAAAGAUUUGCAGAAACAAGAAGAGCCUGAACCUUCGGCAUCAAGCCCUUGUGUUGUAUCAGCGGCAGCACAAAGCGAGGAUGAAAUUAGAACAUUGUCCCCAAUCCAGCGGGACACACCCAGUGUCUGCCAGAACCAGCUUGAAGGAGAGCAUUGUACCCCGUCAAAGCCUCAGGCGAAGGAGCCACACACCGAUGGCGAGGACUCCCUGAUCUCUGAGGUUUUUGGAGCAGGACUCAAUGACAGUGCUUUUUCAAGCAGAGAUUCUUUGUCAGGUGACUUCUCAGGACUGUUGACCAAUAGAAAAUCAGGGGAGAGGGGUGGAGGUGCGUCGUUGAAGGAGAAUGUUUGCCAGGUAUGUGAGAAGACGGGUGAACUGCUCCUCUGUGAGGGGCAGUGCUGUGGUGCCUUCCAUCUGCAGUGCAUUGGCCUCACGGAGACACCGAAAGGCCGGUUUAUCUGCCAAGAGUGUAAGACAGGUGUGCAUACAUGUUUUGUGUGUAAAAAGCCUGACAAGGAGGUCAGGAGGUGUAUGAUCCCUGUGUGUGGGAAGUUUUAUCACAUGGAAUGCAUACUGAAACAUUCCCCCACCAUCGCUCAGAACCGCGGCUUCCGCUGCUCCCUCCACGUCUGUCUGUCCUGCUACAUCACCAACCCCGCCAACCCUGGGAUCUCCAAAGGCCGUUUGACCCGCUGUGUGCGCUGCCCUGUGGCCUACCAUGCCAAUGACUACUGUAUGGCUGCCGGCAGCAUUCCUUUGGCCAAUAACAGUUUCCUGUGCCCCAAUCACUUCACUCCACGCAAAGGGUGCAAAAACCAUGAACACAUUAACGUCAGCUGGUGUUUUGUGUGUUCUGAAGGAGGAAGUCUGCUUUGCUGCGAAUCUUGCCCUGCUGCCUUUCACCGUGAGUGUCUGAACAUUGACAUGCCCCAGGGAAGCUGGUUCUGUAACGACUGUCGAGCAGGAAAGAAACCCCAUUACAAGGACAUUCUGUGGGUGAAAGUGGGCCGCUACAGGUGGUGGCCUGCUGAAGUGACUCAACCGAAAAACGUUCCUGAGAAAAUCCAGAGUAUGAGGCAUGAGGUGGGGGAGUUUCCUGUACACUUUUUUGGCUCCAAAGACUAUGUGUGGACAUAUCAGGCUCGCUGUUUUCCCUACAUGGAAGGGGAUGCCAACAAUAAGGAGAAAAUGGGAAAGGGUACAGAUGCCGUCUAUAAGAAAGCUUUAAAUGAAGCAGCUGAAAGAUUCAGGGAACUGCUAGCAGAGAAAGAGAUGAGAAAGCUUCAAGAAGACAGGAAGAACGACAAGAAACCUCCUCCGUACAAACACAUUAAGGUGAACAGACCAAUAGGGAAGGUGCAAAUAAUCACAGCAGAUCAGUCAGAGAUACCACGCUGCAACUGCAAAGCUUCAGACGAGAACCCGUGCGGCAUUGACUCGGAGUGCAUCAAUCGCAUGCUGUUGUACGAGUGUCAUCCUCAAGUGUGUCCAGCAGGGGAGAGUUGUCAGAACCAAAGCUUCACCAAACGGCAAUACACCGAGGUGGAGAUCUUCAGGACGCUGUCACGUGGGUGGGGUUUACGCAGUGUGUCUGACAUCAAGAAGGGAGCUUUUGUGAACGAGUAUGUUGGAGAGGUCAUUGACGAAGAGGAGUGUCGAGCGAGAAUCAAACACGCACAGGAAAACGACAUCUGUAACUUCUACAUGCUCACACUGGAUAAGGAUCGCAUCAUAGAUGCCGGGCCGAAAGGAAACGAAGCUCGUUUUAUGAACCACUGCUGCCAACCAAACUGUGAGACACAGAAGUGGACGGUGAAUGGAGACACCAGGGUCGGACUGUUUGCGUUAGAGGACAUUCCCAAAGGUGUUGAACUCACUUUCAACUAUAAUUUGGAGUGUCUGGGCAACGGGAAGACGGUGUGUAAAUGUGGGGCGUCUAACUGCAGCGGAUUCCUUGGUGUCCGACCAAAGAAUCAGCCCCCAUCUGACGACAAGGCGCGGAAACUGAAGAAGAAGGUUGCUGCGAAGCGCAAGAGUCAGUUGGCGGUCACCAAGGAGCGAGAGGAUGAAUGUUUCUACUGUGGUGAUGGAGGACAGAUUGUGUCUUGUAAGAAGCCCGGAUGUCCUAAGGUCUAUCAUGCUGACUGUUUGAAUCUGUCCAAGAGACCUGCAGGCCGUUGGGAGUGUCCGUGGCAUCAGUGUAACGAGUGCGGGAGGGAGGCAGCGUCCUACUGUGAGAUGUGUCCCAACUCCUACUGCAAACAGCACCGUGAGGGAAUGCUGUUCAUAUCCAAACUGGACGGCAAGCCGUCCUGUAGCGAGCACGACCCGUGUGGCCCCGACCCUCUGGAACCGGGCGAGAUUCGAGAGUUUGUGCACGGCACGGCCAUCCUACCCCCACUUCCCAAUAUGGCGGCAUCCGGCAGGAUACCCCAGCCUGCCCUACCGCCUGCUGCUCCGCUCUUCAUUCCUGCCCCAAACAGACCCGCAUUCCAAGCCCAAAGAGACCCGUUCGCAGGCGAGGUAGUGGACAAUGUGGUUUUGCCACCCUCUUCCCCUUCUAAGGACAUCAAGGAGGAAGAUAUGAGCGAUGAAGGCGAGGUGGUGGAAGGAGUGAUCGGGGAUGAGGGAGAAGAUGAAGAUGGCCUUGAGCUCGUGGAAGAUGAUGAUGAUGAGGAUGAUGAUGAAGAAAUGGACUACGGAGAAAUGGGGUUUGAGGAAGAAGACGAAGAGGAGGUGGUCCGAGGCGAGUUUGAGGACUUUCAAUAUGUGGAUGAUGACGACGUUGAAGGGACUGAGGACUUAGGGGAAGUAGAGGAGGAUGACCAGGAAUCAUCAUGGGAUGAGUCUGUUGAAGGAGAAAAGUGAGCUCUCCUGCAUUUUUGCUAGACAUCCAUCUCAUGGACACACAAACUCAGCGGGUGACCUGCAGGGAAAGUCAGCUGCCAUUUUUUUUCAGUCGAUGCCCAGCUAAAUGCAAAGCAACGUUUGAGAAAGAUGGACAUGUGCAACAUUCUUAAGCCUUCUUAACCCAAGUCCUCUUGGAAGAGUCCAUAAAGAGGGUUGGACCUGGUGCUGUGGGACUGUGGCUUCACAGUCCUUUUGUUGGUAUAUAGUGUCUGGUGCUCUUUUGUGCUUUUUCUUUUUACAUUUUCCUCCUCGACUUGUUUACAUUCUCUGAUCCUAAACCGAAGGAUGACCUCAUGGGGGUUGAAAUGGAGCACACACAAACCAUAUUGUUGUGUCUUGCGUGCGAAAUCUGCCAUGCAUAGAUUUUGAUUACACUUCAUUGACCAACCAAUUUGGUUUUUUAAGAACAUCUCUGAUCAUUUUAAAAAAAGAAAACACAGACCCCCCAAAACAGCAGACCCUUCAUUGUGUGAUUACAAUGACAUUGCCACAUCAUCAGGCUUUAUGGUCCACGGGUCAUGGUGCUUGGUGUCUGUUAGUAUCACCACCAUAUGAGAAUGAGUAAUAGGAGUCCUAGUACAUCAUUUCAGCUGAUUUGUGAAUUUUUUAAAAAAAAAAGUGCUACUGUCAAAAAAGAACUAAGUGCGACAUACCCAGCAUCAUCCUGCUUGAUUUCAGUCAUGCACUUUUUGCUUUUGUGUUUUUGUGAAACCUGUCAUUUUUUUCUUAACUUCUCAGAAAAUUGUCAAAACUAAAGAAACUUUUAGUUUUAAGUUUUUGUUAAGUCUAGACUAGAGAAGUGAUUGUAUCACCUUUUGAGUCUUGAUUGAUUCUUUUAGGGAAGAUGAGCUUGUACUACGUAGAUAAGAUGGAUGUUACAAAAGGCCCAUCUGUACUUCCCCUAGUUACUUAAAUUCUACCAAUGUCUCAAAAUACUGCUCAUAAAUCGUCAGAUGCCUCAUUACGGUAUCCAUUUAGAUUCGAAUGUCAGAUAUUGUGGCAUAUCUGCUCUGUUUAGUCAUGUGAGUUUGUGUGUGGUAAACUUUAAAAGGUGCCUCUGAAUGUUUUGCACUCUUUCAGAUAUCAGGAGAAAUCUCAAAGCGUCAAUUGUAAUCAUGAUCUUUUGCCAUUUAAUAAUUACAAACUAAAAGUUCAUUCAAUCAACAUUCUCUGUAGAUCUGGCUGAUGGAACUUAUAAUGGGAGUUCAUUGUGGAUUAAUGUUCGAGGGAUGACAAAUGCAUAUUUUGACAAAUAAAUGCCAUCUUUCCACUUAUGUUAUUCACAUACUGGAACCCGUUUUUUCCCCAGUAUCAGUGUUUAACUUUUGCAACAGUAUGAUUUAGGAUUAUAAGUACUGAAAUUUCUCUCACCAUCACUUUAUUCUCAAAAAUUAUAAAAGCACCUUUUGUUUGCAAUAUCAUUGUGCACCAGGUACUAUCCCAAACCCUGAUUAAAAAACUGCCUCAUAUAAUGAAGUAAUGUUUGUAUCAACAGAACAUGUUUGGAAAAGGAGAUAUGUUCCAAUGGAUUUUGUUUCAAUGACUUUAGGCCUUACACUCAUUUCUGGUUAUAUAGCUCUUUUUUGCAACCUAAUAAUGCAGAUGCUUUUUUAAAAAGCUUUUUUUUUUAAAUCUUUUUCAUCAUCAUCAUUGACCAUUGUUCUUCUGUUUUCUUAGCUUUUUCUAAGUCAUGCUUUUUUGUCUCUGUAUUUAUGGACCUUGUAUAAUCUCUUUCACUCAUUUUUGUGUUUCUUGUAUGUUUGCAAAAUCUGCUGCUGUGUUUCAGCGCUGUACCCCAUGGAUACCAUGAAGAGGAUGAAAUGCAGAUGACAGUUUCCUGAGGACAUUUGGGCAAAAAGAUUGCUGCCAUGUUAGAGACCCAUGAUUUUGUACUGUACCUUGUGCAUAAUAAAUAUUAUAAGUAAAAUUUUACAA